GGAGCUCAAAGAAUGGAUGAAGACUUUAAAACACAGGCAUUUGACUCUACUCUUCCAAGUCCAUCAGAGACUUUGCUUUCCAUUCGACUGUUAGACUUCAAAACAAGUUUAUUGGAGGCAAUAGAAGAACUGCGUAUAAGAAGGGAAACAGAAACUAAUUAUGAAGACCAAAUAAACAAAAUUGUUAUAGAGAAACAAGAACUUGAAUGGCAGAAGGAAACUCUGCAGCAUCAGACUGACACACUGCAACAACAGAACAAAGAAGCUAUGACAGCUUUUAAAAAGCAGUUACAGGCAAGGAUGUUUGCCAUGGAAGAAGAAAAGAUUUCAAAAUAUACUUUACAAAAGAAACUGAAUGAAAUGGAUCAAAAAUUGCAGAUGCACUUAACAGCAAAAGAGGAGCAUCAUAAGAAACUGAAUGAAGUUGAGAGGUGUUACGCUACUAUUGCAUCUCGGUUUGGAAUUGUGAAAGGUGUUCAUGGCAAACUAGAGCACAGUGUGCAGGAAGCCAUACAGCACAAUAAGAAAUUAGCAUCAGUGAAUAAAAGACAAGAGACUGAAAUAAGCAAUCUGAAAGAAGAACUGAAGAAAGUAACUACAGACUUGAUAAGGUCCAAGGUCACCUCUCAGUACAGGGUGGGAGAAGAAAACAUCAAUCUUGCAGUCAAGGAAAAACAGUUUCAAGAACUGCAACAGAAAAUCAGAAUGGAGACAGCAGUCAGUAAAAAAGUUCAAGAAGAAAACACUCACAUUAAAGAAGAAAAGCUGGAAAUUCUCAGCUCUCUACAGUGUGUGCAGGAGCUGCUUCAGCGAAUAACCCAAACGAAUGUUAGAAUGGAAAGUGAAUUAAAUGCAUUGAAAGAAGACUAUCAGGCCCUUGAAAGAGAUAAUGAGCUGCAAAGGGAGAAGGCAAAGGAAAAUGAAGAAAAGUUCCUUAAUCUUCAGAAUGAGCACGAAAAGGCACUAAGAACUUGGAAAAAUGAUGAGGAAAACAUGAGAAGAGAAAUACACACUAUUAAAAAUGAGCUGAAUUCUCUUAAAGGACUUCAUAGACAUCUUGAAGAUUGUCAUCCUCCUCCAGGAAAUCAGCAUUAUGAGCAAGUGGAAAAUCUGCAGAUGCAGUCACCAGCUCAGCCCACACCAACAAAUGUGAGUGGUCAAGAACACUCAAAAGACAGUGAAAUACAGGUUAUUCAGAAAGAGCAUGAGUUUAUGCAGUCUGUAAUAAGAAAAUAUGGUAAUUGUGGAAAUGAAGAAGAAACUGAAGUAAAAAAUACAAGGGACCAGUCUUCAAGCAUUGAUGAAUUAAAGAUAGAACAAAGGUCACAAGUUCUUGAGAACAGUUUUAAGGAUGAAAUUAAUGUUACUAGCCCUUGUGAAGUAAAACAAAGGGAGGCUUCUCCCAGGAACACCCUCUGCACAGAUACUGAUUUAAUUACCCAAGGACACACCUCAGAAAUGCAUGUCAGUGGAUGCAGAGAGGCAGAAGAUGCAGGAACAGCACACAGAAGGUUACCAGAUGAAAACAAUGCCGAUUCAGAUCAAAAGCCAUGGGACAGCACUGAGCCUUUGGCAGCACACCACACACAAACAAGGAAGGACUUUUUGGACAGUGCUGAGACUGCAGGUGCUGACAGGAAAAACAGAAGUAAGGAGACUGACACGAGCAAGGAAGAACUGUGCAAUAGUGCAGAUGAAUCGACUCGUGCCAAGGCAGAUGUAAACUCAGACACCAGACAGCACAAUAGAGGUGUCUUCACACCUGAAGCACCCAAACCCGAGUCUGGAGCUGUUCUUUGCACUGAGAACAGUGCUCUGCAUGACAGAAGUACAGACAACCACCAAGCUAAGGAGUUAAGUUUUGGCAUCCUACCUUAUACUAAAGAGAAUUCUCUAGCAGAAUACCAAAAAUGCAGCUUGCUGAAUAGUGACAAUUCUCUAGGCAGUGGAUUAUGUAAAACAGAAAAAAACUUAAAUCUGAGUGGUUUACAUAGAGAUAAACUUCCUCUGGAACAGACACAAGUAGAUGCUGAAGGCAGAAAUGAUGACAAUGCCAGAAACAUGAACAGCACUGGUGUUCUGGAAACUGAUGCUCAACAUCCACCAACUGUUUGUUGUGAUAACACAAGUGCUGAUGAUGGUGCUGCAAAAGAAUGCAGAGACAGUAAGUCUCUCUUAGGUACUCCUAAUUUAUGCCUCCCAAAAACUGAGAGAGGAAUAAGUGCAGAUGAUAUGCACAGCAAGCAACCUGAAAAAGGAAGUGCUACACAAAGAGGGAAUGCUACAAACACAUGGACUUCCAAUGCUGAAGCCAAAUCUCCAGUAAAGGCUGAUGGUCUUGAAAUCGUUCAUAACCCCCCCCCAGCAGAUAGGGCACAUACAGAUAAACUAAUUCCAUGUAAAAAUGUUAACAAUGGUACUCAGAUACACUCAAUCAAAACUGGACACUCCCUAGAGAUUAAUACUUCAGCAAAUAACACAUUGUUAAAAGAGAAAAAAGACUUGCUGAGUAGUACAGUUCCAGGAACAAAGUUUGCUGAGGGUCACCUGAAAGAAUCAUGCUCUUUACCCAUGAGAACAUCUGGAAAUUUAGUAAACACAAGUGUAAGGUCAUCCUUUGAUCUUUCAACCUCAGAUAAAAAAGCUGAGAAAACUCCACUAUUCUUGAAUUUUUUAGCUCUCAGUUCUUAUUCAAGAGUAAAUCAAAUGAAAGGUCAAGCGACAUGGACUUCAGCUUCCAAGGAGCCUUCCCUUUUGAAAGACAAACUACCAUGCUUAGUGGAAAACACAAACAUUAUUUCAAACACACAGAGUCAGGAUCUCAGUGAAAAUGUGGACAGUGGAGAAACAGGACAAGGUUCUAGCAGUUUGAACAGAGCUGCCAACACUCUGAAUACCUCCAGUAUCCACCGAGAGCCCCAGGGAGAGCCUAGUGAAGAAUGGAAUGCUACAGCAAAGGCUUUUUAUGAUUCUUCUUUUCCCACAGAACACGUUAAAAAAGGAUUAGCUUUACAGAACAAGCAGAACAAGCAGAAAUCUUCUCACAUGACAGUCAGUCCAGCAAGAAGUGACAAAGCACUCAAAGGUGAGGACAGCUGCUCUCUUCAGAACUCCGUUAUACAAAACCAAAUAGGAGGAAUUGAGAAAUUACUGAAUUUGGAGAGACUUCAUUCAGCAAGAAAGAGAAAAUAUGAAGAAGGCCAGUGAAGACAAGCACCAGGAGAUAAGCAUUCUUUAGGCACAGAUAGAUCACUUACCUAAUCCAGAUUUGUAUAAGUAUUCACACAAAAUACGG